UGCGGGUUGUGUAGACAAACAACAUUCCUCUUCCACAUUUUAGGAAACUGAAAGGAGUGUCAUUGUCGAGAAAGAAAAAAAAAAGUUCUGUAUUUAACAGAAACAAAGGGUGUGAAACUUUGCUGGAUUGUUACUGACUCGAUCAGUUGCAGGAUGUCUCUGGCAGUGUCUCAUGGCGAGGAGGUGACAGUGAUCACCAUCACCUCAAACCCCAACAGCAAAUGGCCGAUACCAUGUCAGAUCCUGGGCUCUUUGUGCCACAGUCCAGUGUGUGCUGUAUCACAGCAUGUGAAAGCGAAGAUGAUGGGCAUCUAUAUGGCACUUGGGAUUAUGCAGAUUAUAGUAGGACUGCUCAAUCUCAUGACAGGGAUUUUAUUUAUAAACUCUGGAAUACACGACUACAUUAUGAUGUAUAAUGCUCCAUUCUGGCUUGGUGGUGUGUUCCUUGUAGUUGGAGUGGUGUCUAUUGUUGCAGCUUGGUUUCCCAGCUAUUUUCUGCUGCUCGUCACUGUGGUGUUGAACAAAGUCAGUGCUCUGCUGGCUAUGAUAGGCCUUGCACUGUAUGCAUGGGACUUAAUGAGCUUUAAGGUUGUUAUGCACUAUAACGAAAUGAACUAUGACAAGAUGAUCCGUGAAACACUGGAUAUCACUAUGAUGAUCUUUUCAGCUCUUCAGCUCUGUGCGACCCUCAGUUUCUCUGUCUCGACUCUGAAAGAAUUGUGUGAAACAAAUUCUGUGGAGGACCCUCAACUUUACAAACCACUCAAAGAAGAGCUCACUGUCAGUCAUGUAUGUUAGACAGACAAUGUAAAAAAUGAAAUAUGCAUUGUUAAUUGAACUAGCUUUGUGAUUAUAGAAGUACACUUUUUCUCUCUCUUGUGAAAUAGCAAAUAUCUUCUAUCUGCAACUCCACAAUCAUCGUGGUACAUGUUUAUCU